CUCUACCGCACUCGUACGGAAAACACAUCAUCUCCUACAAAUCCCCCCUCUCACAAUUGUAGAGAGACAUUUUUAUUCUAUUUUCUCAGCCAGUGUUUUGUGGAAGUUCAACCAAAAGCAUCAUUCUUCCCGUUAAGUUUUUGUGAUUUUCUUCAGUUUGAAGCACAAAAUUGAUCUUUUUUUUCGGAAUUAAGAAUUUAAAAAAAAAACGUGCAGAAAUUUUGCGUGUGCAGCAAAAUCUGUGGGUGAAGUUUAUUGACAUUGCGGUGGUAGUCUCUUCCCAAAAACGGAUCAAGAGACGAGACCUCUCUGCGAACAGCAUCCACUUCGCACCAACUAUUAAUAAUGGUUUACCUAUAGAAGGUGGAUGAUCAUAUUUGGCAGACAACAUUUCGAAUAAAUACUCAAAAGCAAUUAAAGAAAAGUUCUCGUGUUACCCACAGUCUACAAAAAAAAAUCAGUGAUUUAUGAAAAUAAAACUACUACUCUUUUUUUUUGUUAUUCGUGUUCAGUGUGAUCGACUUGAAAUCUUUCGUUUUGUGAAUCACUUCGCUUCAAUGAAUGAGACUAAUUUUCAAAUCAUCUGAAAGAAUUGCUUCCGUAGCCUUUUAAACAUUGAAUUUUUCUAUAUAACUCUCGUCUGAAGAUACCUGAGAAUUGCCAGUACAUAUACAAUCCGUGAGGACAAGGACACCUUAUUGACGCUGACACAGACACUUUGUCCUCGAGAGAAAAAUGGCAUCAGAACUGGUGGAUUUAGCAUUGAUUCAAGAUGAAGAAUUGCUCCGUCGAAUGUGGCAACAGACGGAAGAUUUUGCGAGGAAGAAGGAGAUUCGGGCUCAUAUGUACAAAUUGCGUGAGAAUCGCCUUCGUGAUUUCUACACUGGUGACAUGGAUGCAUCAACAAUUGGAAUCGGCAAAGGACCAUUGGGCAGUAGCCAUGGGGAUUCUUUGCAGGAUCAAUCCUUUCAGAGUUUCAAAACAAAAGAAAUUCGCGAUUCUGAGAGUCCAACGAGAGACUACAAGUUUGAUGUUGUGGCGCCAGAUACGAGUGGAUGGAAUGUUAUUACAUCAUCGGAAGUGACAAAUGACGGAAAAACUCAUACAACCCAAUCACUAGCAACAACAGCCGGUGUACAAGACAUUUCUGGUGGGAAGACAUCGUAUUCUGGUCGCAAUGAGCAAUUAUCAUCGGUAACCCAUGAAGGUGAUGACAGCAAUUACACCACAACAGCCGGACAAUCCUCCAAUACCAUCCUCCAGGAGACAUCUGUGACAGGGGAUGAGAAUACUGGACGAACUGAGAGUAAAUCAACAUCAGUCACCUCAUCAUCUCGUGUUAUCUCAUCCCAUCACACAUCAUCUGGCGAUCAGGCAAUUCGUGAUCACAGAAAUGUUGCCGACGAAUUCGAUGAAUUGCUCCAAUCAACGCGAAAUACAUCAUCCAAACAAUCGAACCACUCAUCAACCACUCAGCUCACAACAUCCAAUGAGCAACAGAGUGAACAAUAUACUGGGCAGCAAGAGCAGAAAAUCUCCAAGACCACCAAGGAGACAAUGAGUGCUGAAGCCCAUCAGAGGGAAGUUGAACGUCUUGCCGCCCUGCCGGGUGAGAUAAUAUCACGAAAAAUUGACUAUCCCGAUGCCAAUACCAAGAUGAUCACUGAAACAAAAGCCCUGGAUGAUGGUACAAUUGUCACAACUACUAAAUACGAAACACGAUCAGCAUCUUCAAAAGUCUGGAGUUCCGCAUCAAAUAGACAAGAAUCCACUUCAUCGCGCAGCAUCACGGAGGAACGUGCUCAAAAACAGAGAAUUGAGUGUAUCCGUGAUGACAAUGCUGAGAUUGAUCGUGAAGUGGAGAAAAAGCACCAAGAAACCAAGGCAAAAUCGUCUGAGAUCACAGAGAAGUUGCAUGAGAUAUCGCAGCGCGACCAUGAAACCAAUCAACAGCAAAUAUUCAAAUCAGACACAACGGUCAGAGAUGAUUAUGCACCCAGUGAGGCAUCUCAAUUCUCACCUCAAUCCAACAAGACCUUCGAGAUGUUCAAUGAGGACUUUACGGAGAGGCAUGAGGACAUCACACAGCAGACAUCUGAGAGUGUUGUGAUCAAAAAACAAGAUCACAUGAGCAAGAGAGUUAGUGUGGAAGUUGAUGCUGCUCAUGAAGCUUUUGCACGCUCACUCAGAUCAAUUUCCCCAGAUCGUGGUAGCCCUGCAAAAUCAUCAAAUUUCCGCACAAGUUCCACAUCCAUUCGGAGCACCGACAGAGCCCAAUCCCGACGAAGUCCAUCCCGUGACAGUGAUAUUAGUCGCAUUAGCUCAAACACUGUGACAAAGAGCAAGAGUGAUCUCACAACUCAUGAUUAUCAGAGGUCAACCAUCAGCUCUGAAAGACGUCAGGCACGAGGAUCAACACCCAAACGACCAUCUCCUGUGUCAGAGACAACAGAAACCGAACCAGUUGAUCGUGUUCCGGUGAAAGAGACCUCUCCAGUGAGAAGACCAACUCAAGCCAAGAUCAAAGAGACAAAAUCACCAGAAAAACCUUCUAGGACUCCAGAAAGGAUGCCAACAAAAGAUUUUGAAACAGACUCAGCCCGAUCAACUUCCCCCACAAGUACAGUCAGUGAUCUUGUGUACCAUCAGGGAAGAAAGAUCAUCACAGAUUUGGACACCGAAGAGAUCACUGAAACCUUCAGAACUGAGAGAGCUAAUGAAGUGAAGAAGACAACACAGGAAUUCAUUAACAAUGAAUCAACAAUUAAAAUUGAAGAAGGAUAUGGAGAUGAAAAUGUCCAGGAGAAAAUCCCCAAAACCCCUACAGCACAGCCAAGAAAGAAUUCCAUCAAGAAGACAAAUGAGGAAGUCACUGAAACUGUUGAUUCUGUCGAAGAGACAUCUGAAGAAAUUGUGAAGAGACACAAAUUGUCCAGAAGUGAAACUUAUGAAGAACGAUGCCGAAAAAUCCUGGGAAUGUCUGAGACAUCAGAAAUUCAGGAUAGAGAUGAAGAAAAUCUGACCAAUAUUUCAACCACUGUAGAGACGCAAGAGAAAACAACAUCCCAGUCAAAGGAUACUGUAGAUUUCCUGGCCAAUGAGAUCAAUGUGGAGACAGCAAAUAAAUCCAGGACUAAAACUUCCAAUGAAACUCCUAGGAAAAUUUCUUCUCCAUCCAAGAAGACACCAACAAGUAGUCCUGAAAGGAAGCCAUCCUUCAAAGCUUCUGAAGUUGGAAAUGUUCCUCGGGAGUCCAAACCUCAGGAUAAGAGCCCAGAAAGGAAACCAUCCUUCAAAGCGAACGAUACUGGAAACAUUCCUCGGGAUUCCAAAUCUCAGGAUAAAAGCCCAGAAAGGAAGCCAUCCUUCAAAGGUUCUGAAGUUGGAAAUGUUCCUCGGGAGUCCAAACCUCAGGAUAAGAGCUCAGAAAGGAAACCAUCAUCCAAAGUGACAGAUACUGGAAACAUUCCUCAGGAUUCCAAACCUCAGGACAAAAGCCCAGAAAGGAAGCCAUCUUUCAAGAUUACAGAAACUGUAGAAGUGAAGACGAGUUUGACUAAAGACAAGGAAAUUCUUAAAGAAUCUAAGCUUCAGGAUAAGAGUCCUGAAAGAAAACCAUCUUCCAAAGCAACAGAACCUGGAAAUAUUCCCAGAGAUUCCAAGCCUCAAGACAAAAGCCCAGAAAGGAAGCCAUCUUUCAAAGGAACAGACUCCAAAAAUUCCCCAAAGGAUUCAAAGCCUCAGGACAAGAGUCCAGAAAGGAAACCAUCCUACAAAAUGACAGAAACUGUGGAAGUAAAGACAAGUUUGAUGAAAGACAAAGAUGUCCCUAAAGAUUCCAAGCCUCAGGACAAAAGUCCAGAAAGAAAGCCAUCAGUUGGAGAUCGUGGCAGUAAGAAAGCACCGGUAAAAUCUGAACCAGUGCGUAAAUCGAGUAAGAAUGAGAUUAAGAGGGAAUCAAUGACAGAAAUCUCAACUCAAUCCUCCAGAACUGUGAUUAAGAAGGAAUUGAAAGAGGAUGAGAAGGAAAUAAAGUCUUCUACAACAAUUAUCACAAGCAAAGAUGCUCCGGAGAGGAAGACAUUGGGUGAGAGAAAGAAGUCUACUGGGUUGGAAAAGAGUCCGGACCGAAAGCACGUAUCAACAGCUAAGAUAACAAUUUCUCCGGUGGCUUCCAAGACAAAGGCCAAAGAUGAGAAAUCUUCAACAAAGAAACCCAAGAAAAUCACUCACAGUGACUACUCAUCCGAGGCUGAGGAUUCAGAGAAAGAACUUCCUGUUCCCGACCGAGCAGUAACCAAGAUAACAGAAAAGACAACAACAACUUCAUCCAGACGCAUCAAUAAACUCCCUGUUGUGGAACGCAAGGAAUCAGCUCCGGUGUACAGCAGUCGCCAGGAGAAGGAAUCUGUCCAUAAGAUGGCAAGAUCAACAAGUGAAAAUACUUUUAGAUCAUCUGCACGAAAGCGCUCAAAGCCUGAUAUUCCGGAAAUUACAGCACGAAAGUCACCAGAAAAGACAACAAAGCCUGACUCCAAACGACCAACAAAAUGUAUUACGACGAAAACGAUCAAUCUCACAGCAACCAAUCAUACCGAAACGACAAAAACGAGUGAAGAUGUUGAUGUUAUUGUUGAUAUUCAGCAAGCAAAAUCAUCCCGAGAACCUACACCCAAUCGCAUCAUUCCUGUUCCUGUAUCUCCAGAAGAAGAUACAGGAAAACCACGGUAUCCGGAUGCUGUUCAUGAACCUGAUGACGAAAGACGUCAGCCUAAAAUCAAAAACAUUCCAAUUUACGAGGAAGAAACCAGUGACUACAUUGGAUGCAGUAUUACCGAAGUGCCUGAAGAUGACACUAUGCUAUCAGUAACUGAGAAAGUUAGUCUCUUUACAAGUCUCAAGGAGACUUCCAACUAUGAGAAAACCAAGGAAUUUGUAAAGGAAUCCUCCGUAGAUGUCGAUGAAGAGCUCAAGAAUGAUGAAUGCCUCCUAAGUGUAUCUGAUAAGGUCAAUAAAUUCAUCUCAACAGCUGAAGAAGUGAAGAAGAUCAAGACAUCUACCCCCUUCUCACCAGAUCGCGAUCGAGAUGAUUCUGUUCUCGUUGAUGAGGAUUGUCUCCUCAGUGUCACAGACAAGGUGACAAAGUUCAUUUCAACAGCCGAAGAUGUGAAGAAACCCAAAGUUUCUGCUCCCUUCAAACCACAAUCUCGCCCAGAAAAUGGGGAUGUAAUCACUGAUGAAAGUCAACUCAGUGUCACUGAGAAAGUCACAAAGUUCAAGACAAGAGCUGAAAAACUUGCCGAAUCCACUCCUCAGAGAUCCCCUGAACUUGUUGCAAAAAUUGACAAGCAGGUAUCCCGGUCAAAGGCACCGGCAUUUGAUAAGCUGUCCGAGGAGGAAUUUGGUGAUCUUGAGGAAGACAGGGUAUCUAGUCAAACUAGGAGGAGCAGUGUCAAAGAUCGCUAUACUCCUAAGGAAAAACCCACAGUUACAAGUACUUCCCCAAUCCUCAGAAGCACAGAGAUUGUGAAGAAGGCAAAGGCUGUUUUUGAGCAGAACAAGUCACCAGCUUCCAAGUCUAGAGACAUCCUUUCGCGUCCUUCCGUCUUCGAGGGAAAGAAGUCCACAAAGCUCUCAGAUAUUGGAGUAAAGGGGAAGAAAACCGAAGUUGAAUCUACCCCAGAAACAACACCAAAAUCCGAAGGAUUCUUCCUCACAGAACCCCACAAUCGAGACACCCCUCGAGAACUCGAUAGGGCCUUCCAGAACUCUAUUGAAAAGUCCCCAAGUGAUUCUAUUCCAUCCUACCUGAAGGAUGCUGUGGCUUCCAGAAAACACAUAUUCGAGAAGAAAAUCUCGUCAUCUCGUCUGGAAACAGAGAAAAUCCGAAGGAAAUCCCAAGAAAAUGUUGAGCGGAAAAUCUCAAAGGUCACAGAUGACAUUGAACCUGUCGUUGAGGAGCUUUGUGUGAAAAAAGUCGCUUAUCAAACCCAUCCUUCUGAACCACAAGAAAUCACACCCAAAGAUUCUGUUGGUGCUAAGAGGAGUCUCUUUGAGAAGAAAGACUCUGUUCCAUCGUACAUGAGUCAUACAGUGAGUUCCCUUGAACACAUGAACAACAUCCGAAAGGAUUCAAUUGACAUUAACAAAAGUAACUUGAGGAAGGCUUCAAUGGAAAAGAAAGAGGAAGAAGAAUUUGAUGGAAAUCCCAGAAGUACUGUAAAAUUCGGUGUGGCCCUCAAGAGAACCGAUUCAGAGACUUCUCAAUCACGACGAAAGUCCAGUUGCCCGGAAAUUCCUCAUAUUGAAGAAAUAUUUGAACUAGAACUCUUGGAAAGAAUGCUGGAGACUGUUGUUGGAUAUGAGCAAAGGAGAAGAAUUCGUGCACAAAUUCGCCUGGUUAAAAAGCAACUAGAGAGUCAAUCGACUGAAACGACUUCCAAUCGAAAAACUAGUCCUACGAGAAAACUCUCACCCCGGAAAAUCAGUGGAAAGCCAGUAGAAGCUCCUGAACAUGCCCAAUUGAACGGACACAAGAGCGAAAGUGAAACCAUUGAAAUUUUGGAGAAACACAUUUCUCGGAGUCCAAGUCCACCAAAAUCUCUACCCAAUCUUCGGCAGAUGCGUCAGAUGGCACCUGAACCCAAGGAUGAUAAACCCAUCUGGGCCACCAAAAACAUCCUCAAAAAGGCAUCAGAAACCAAUCGUACAUACACAAGUCGAAGAGUUGUUAGUGAUAGUAAGAGUCAACGAAUUAAAACUGAAACAAUAGCUGAGCCAAAAUCCAUCGAUUCGGUAACAUCAAGCUACGGAAUUGGACCUACAGAUGACAAUGGACAGCCCCUGUUUGGUCUGAGAGCACUGAAGAAGAAGACUCCAUCGUCGAAUGAUUCCACGACAAAAGUAUCCGGAAGCAUUAUCAAAGAGUCCUAUCACUCUAUCAAUGGAACAGAACCUGUCGGUCAUCGCAGUGUCACCCUCUAUUCAUCAGAUCCUGCAGAUUUUGAGCAAAUUGGGGAAAAAGUGGACAGAAAGACACCCUCACAGAUCCGCGAUAAACUUCUCGAGAGUGAACAAUCCCGGAAGAUUCUGAGUGUGACAAAAACUCAAAAAAUAGGAGAAACUCAGACAGAAACAUCACCCAAAGUUGUCCGGCGAGGUUCCGUUAAGGAGCUCAGUGAGAAAUUUAUCCAGAAAGAAGCUGCCAUCACGGACAAAUCUACCACACAGAGUUACCCAAAAGCUGGUCUUAUUCUCCGUACACAGACCAGCCGGGAAGAUCGUCGUGACUCCGACAGUAAAUCCGUAAUAAAAUCACCCGAGAAGCAGCAGGGGAAGGUUGUAGUAACCAAGUCACAAACAGUAACUGGUGAUAAUGGGGGAUUUAAAACAACUAUGACAACGACAACAAAGGAAUCUCGAUCAUUUCUCAAUAGUGCCAGCAGCAAAGUCACGGACGUUCAGGAUGUCCUCGAUCGAAUGAGAAAUGCCGACAAUGUGGAAGAAGCCGAAGAUACCGCUGAUGAUAGAGAAGCCAGAGCCCUCCUGAAUAAAUUUAUAGGAGCUAGUGUCCUCAUGGCUGGAAUGGAAUCAAUGAUGCCACAGCAAAUGAAUAAAAUCGUUGGAUCACCCGUGGGAAAGCAGCAGAUAAAAACCACAACAAAAUCGGUUAAAACUGCAACAUCGGCGACUUCCACCAAGAAAAAACCCACUAAUAUUGACGAAAUUUGGGACGAAGUUCUUCUAAAGCAGCUGUUGGAGCAAACAACAAAUUACGAAGAGCGACGAAAAUUGCGAGCUAGACUCAAACAAGUGAUGGCUGAGAAGGAAGCUUGUGCUGACAUCAUUGCGAGUGUCAGGAAGGAAUUGAAGCAGCAGCAUCUGGAGGAGAGUGAGGAAGAAGAGGUAGUUGAGGAGGAGGAAGAAGAAGUUGAGGAAGAGGAAGAAGAAGAAGAAGUGGAAGAAGAGGAAGAAGAGGAGGAAGAAGAAGAGGAAGAGCAAGUCGUACAAGUGAAGAAGCCACCACCGGCAACUAAAGAAGUAGCUCCAGCACCACAAGUGGCGGUCAAAAGUCAGGGUGAGUCACUCUUAUUACCCCUACUACAGGGACUCCUGCACAAGAAAUCACCGCAACGAUCUAACUCCAAUCAGAGCACUAAUGAUGAGUGUGCUGUUCACGUGGAAGACUCCGGCACCGAAAGUGGUGAAGAUUUGAAACUCCUUGCAGCUGGAUUGCAUGACUCCAUGGAGAUGAAUCGUGGAGAAGAGUCAACAAGUGGCGUUGCUGAGGGUCUACUGCAUGAUGUAACUGCAGCCCUUGAUCGCCUGGAAACAUCCCUACGCGAGGGCAAAGACAUCAAUCUCGAUACACACAAGAGAUCAGCCUUACUCGGGCUCGUGUCUAGACUCCAAACCGGCCUUAUAUCACCGGAUAAAAUCUCUCCAGCGGACAAUGAUCUCUCCUCGCCGGAAGUGGAAACCCGACCAGAACCUGGAAGACGACCCUUUGGUGGAGCUCGAUUUGCCAAGAGACGUACUCGACAAAAUCGUCAUACCGUUGGUGUGAGUCGGGAGGAAUUGGCUGAUGCCAGAAGAUACAUGGAGGAUAUGAUAAUGAGGGAAAGUCACUCAAACACGGGAACACCCGAAGUUACCUCAACUCCCCCAGAAUUCCCCUACAAUCUACAGAAACAAGCCUCAGCUGGAGCUCUACUAACAACAGAACCCACAACUGUCCUCCAUCGUCCUAAGGAAUUUGUCAAGGAAAUUCCAAGUCCAGAAAUUUCCCAUCAUAGUGCCCCAUUUGUUCAUAUGCGAGAUCGUAAGCCUAAAUUUAAAUUUAUGAGACAAUCCCUAAGUUUAGAUGCAAGUCUCCAUGAUGAUAUUGCUCCACUUCCGCCCCCAGCACGUCCCACAUACCAUGAAAGUGUAUCUGUUGACUCCAGUCAAAAUCACGUUCGGAAAACCAUUCAAGAUGCCGUGCAUAAGGCUAAAAACAAGAAACUCGAUCGACAGCUGUCGCAGGAGACACCAGAUGGGCAGAGAGUUGAGGAGAAAAAUCAACACAAUCGCUCAAAACAUGCUGCAAAUCAAUCAGUAGUGGGAAAGAAAACUGGGCCACGAAGUCGAACACCACCAGCAUCGGCGGCACAGCGUCUGCUGGAAAUAGCCACAACUGACGGGAAUACACGCUUCUCCAAGAAGAUGAAAAUGAAGCGUGCCAAUACCAUUGAUAUUCCCAAGCCUCUCAAAAUAGCCUUAAAUGUUGGUGACAGUGAUGAUGCACUGUCGGAGAAUGAAAGGUCAUCAUCAAAGAGGUCUCAAGGACUCAAGACAGCCAUUAAUGUUGGUGAUAAGAAAAUUCCCGGAAAAUCUGUCGUUCCGGUUUUUAUGCCAAAAACCGAAAAUGAUCACAAAUUCCUUGCAUUCAUUCACAAACAGAGUACCAAUAAUGGAUUGUCUUGGUCAAAGCCAUCCAAUGAUAUUGGUAAGGUUGCUUCAACUGAUCAAAAGCAACACAACUGGAGCAAUAAGUUCGGCAAUAUUAAGAAUACCUUUGAAAAUGUACCCAAAAAUGCAUCAACUGGAAUAAAGGUGACAUCACCAAUUGGUGGGAAUUCUGCGAGGAAUUUCUGGAAGACAACUGAAUCUACAGUUGUCAACCAUAAGCCUCUGUUGCCUACUCCACCGCUUAAGAAAUCCCCGCAAAAACAGGAAAUUCACCAGGUGACCUCUAAGCCACCAUGGUCAUCUGGAGAAAAGGGUGUCAGUAUGAAAAUUGAGAAAUUCGAAACACCAUCAACACAUGAUACAUCUCCGCAAUCCCCAGUACUCCUACCCAAACCCAUCCCUGUCAAUAAAUUCUCUCAUGCCCCAAUGUCAGCUUUCAAGCCCCCUGCGCCCAAAAAGAUCAUCCAACAGAUUCCACCCUUCAAACCAAUUGCUCCAGAAACAAUUCCGCACACUGUUCAACUUCCCCAUCCUACAAACACAACAGUCAAACAACUGACCAAUGGUUUCAUGGAACCACCAACUGGACAGAGAACGAAACCCCCAACUGGCCUAACGGCAUCCUCACCAACAAGAAAUCUGGCCAAUUAUCAAUUUUCUCAGCAAAAUCAAACCAACAAAUCCCCAACGACUGUUCUACCCUGGACAGCUAAAGUAGUACCGGAAAAGAGAGUUCUCAAUUUAGCAGCAACAAAAUUCGAAGCACCACCACAGCAGAAAGUUCCAACACCUCGGAAACUCUCUCCAAGAUCACAAUCAAUGAAAUACCGAUCAAGUCAAGAGACCUAUCCUAUGCCUCAGCCAAUUCCAUCGAAUCGCUUAUAUGAGAAACGACCAUCACUUCCCAAUCCUGACUACAAUUUUCUAGAUGAUGAUCUCAGUACAUCCGCCUACGAUGAAACAUACCACAAUACUCAAUUGAAUGAGAACAUCUUCCAAGUAAAUCCGUCCUAUAUUGCACCGCAGAAAUUCAUGGGAAGUGUACCAAAUCUCACGGAACUCAACUAUGAUAGUCCAAAAAUGAGUUAUACUGUCACAGAUUACACACCACCUGGAUGUGUUUCGACAUGCGUACCCAAAUGGACAGUAGAUAGUCCUCGGGAUUCCAUAACGAAUCCAAAUGCUGAACCCUUGGUACUGACAUGCGAUCGACCAGUUUACAGUCCCAAACAACAACAGCAACAACAGGAAACCCUCAAAAUCUUUGACUACCCAAGUCCUGUAUCCGUCUCACCGGCAAAAUCGUCAAAUGACGCAACUGACGAUUGGGAUGACGAUCAGGAUUUGACUGAUUCAACAGAGUACAAGGCUGUUUCAUCUCGCGUUAUGACUGGACCUAUUUGUCAUUCAGCCGUUACGGUAUCCCACAAAACAUCUCAUUUAGGAGAUGAAGAUCCCCAUGGAAAGGGUUCAGAUGCCGCUAGGAGUCUUCAUAGUGUCCUACGCGGCAUCAAAAAACCCACAUCACCUAACUCCCCAGCUUCUAGGAGCCCUGUUAAGGGUCGAAAAUCCCCACCAAGUCCCAUUGUGAUCAAGCCACAGCAACAAUCUCUGGCAGAGAGUCAGAAAGUUGUUAGAUCUGGCCCUAAGAUUGUUGAAACGCCCGCGACACCACCUCAUGCACCUAGUCAUGUUCCUAGUCAUAUAAUCUACAAUAAUGUUCAUACGGCGGCAAUUCGACCACCGGCACCAGUUCAGCAGGAAACCUUCGUUAGCACCCACAAUCACAUGGCACGCGUUACAAGUCACAGCACCGCCACCGGGCCAAAUGUACUGAAAUUGACGGCCGAAAGUGCAACAGAGAAUGAAUCUAAGAUUGAUGAAGAUGGAGUCAUUACAACAACAAAAAUUACCACAAGAACAGUUCAGUCGCGAGUUGCUGCCACCAACAACAAGCCAAUGUCACCAUUUGCUAAGUUCCGCCAGUUGGACAAGCAAAAUUCUGCGGCUUCUCCGCCAAACUCCCCAUUAACACCUUCAACUCCUAAGACACCCGGGGGAUCUGCAGCCCCAAUUUUUAAGUUUACCGACCCAGCGUUAAGUGCACGUGCCGCCACUGUUAAGGAACAGCUAUUGCAGUGGUGUCAGAGUAAAACAAAGGAAUAUGAGAACGUUCAAAUAACCAACUUCUCAACGAGCUGGUGUGAUGGACUAGCAUUCUGUGCACUCAUUCAUCACUUCCUGCCGGACGCUUUCGAUUACAGUGCCCUGACACCCCAGCAACGCAAGCACAACUUCACACUCGCUUUCCGAGUGGCUGAUGAAAAAGCCGGGAUCGCGCCUCUUCUCGAUGUCGAGGACAUGGUAAUGAUGCGAAAACCCGACUGGAAGUGCGUCUUCACCUACGUCCAAUCAAUCUAUCGACGCUUCCGGAAUGCUGAAUGAACAACUCAAUUUUAGAAAGCAAAAAUGUGUAGUCAAAAUUUCCUUAGAAAAGAGUUGCAUUGUUGCUAAAGCCAUUUGUUAUCAGCUCGUGUUAUUGUUUUUUUUACUGCUCUUUGUUUCACUGUCCCCCUUCCUAUUUUAUAUAUUUGAAAAUUUUACUGAAUAUUUGACAGAACAAAAAAAAUUGUAAUACUUUCUAAUAACGUAGAUUUAGUGAUAAAAACAAAACAUGUUAUACCGUGAUGAAGAAAGUUAAUUGUAUGAAACUUGCAUAAAUGUGUAUUUAUUAGAUGUUUAGUCGUUAACUUUGAGAUUCUUUUUCUACCAAUAUUUUAUUUUAUAUUGUGGUGCAAUUAAUAUUUUAAAAAAAAACAAAAAGGAAAAACGAUAAAAAAUAACUCUUAUAUAAAUAAAAGCCUUUUCAUGAAAAAAAAAACUCAUAAAAUGAGAUAAAGUACUCUCUUCUAACGUAUAAAAAAACAACUUCUAAAACUCUUGAAGUAAACAAACUGAUAAAAGAUAAAAUGUAAUUUUUAAUUUGUUUUUUUUCUGUUAAUACUUUUCUUAUCAAUCCUAUAAAAAGCCGAGGGAUGAUUAAAGAAAAAAAUUGUGUAAUAAUUUAACCAAAUAAUUUUUAUAAAAAUAAAAAAUUGCUUCGAAAUAAUCCAA